GUCUUUUUUUUCUUUUCAUAUUCUUCUGUGUCUUUCUCUGCCUUGUCCCCUUUUAAACUUUACCUUUUCUCUCUUCUACAAAAUAAUCAACCCCUUUUUUCUGAUCCUUCUUCCUCCUCAUCUUCUGCAACUUUCAUGGCGCUUCUUCCCACCACUUCUUCCAGCCUGGAGUUGACAAUAUCGGUUCCGGGUUUCUCUUCUUCCCCUGCUUAUCAUGCUUCUGUGAGAGAUUUGGACAUAAACCAAAUUCCAUCUGGAGCAGAAGAGGAAUGGAUAACUGCAAGCAUGGAAGAUGAAGAAGAAAGCAGCAAUGGAGGAGUUCCUCCUCGGAAGAAACUCCGCCUCACAAAGGAGCAAUCUCGUCUCCUCGAAGAAAGUUUCAGACAGAAUCACACCCUAAAUCCAAGGCAGAAAGAAGCAUUGGCUAUGGAGUUGAAGCUGAGGCCAAGGCAGGUUGAAGUGUGGUUCCAAAAUCGUAGGGCCAGGAGCAAGUUGAAGCAGACAGAAAUGGAAUGUGAGUACUUGAAGAGGUGGUUUGGGUCACUAACUGAACAAAACCGGAGGCUUCAGAGGGAGGUGGAAGAGCUGCGGGCCAUGAAAGUAGGACCGCCCACCGUGUUGUCUCCCCACAGCUGUGAACCCCUUCCGGCAUCCACACUCACAAUGUGCCCAAGGUGUGAACGCGUGACCACCACUGCCACCGACAAGGGCCCCACCCAAAUCACGGCCGCCAUCAGCACCACCGCUGCCACCGCUUUGUCAUCUAAAGUGGGGACACCGGCCCUCCAAUCGAGGUCCUCUUCGGCUGCUUGUUAGUAGUAGGGGCAAGAUUUAAGGGCUCACUUUUCCUUUUUUAUGAUGAUUUAACGACUCACCCAAAAGGAAGGUUUUUUCAGAAAUGUUGAUAGUAGUAGUUAAUUAACAGAAGGUGUACGGAACAGAUAUUGCAUGCUUAUUGGGUAUCUAGUCUGCAUAGGGAUUUUACUUUGGUGUUUCUUAAUUCAUUCAUUACGUAUUAAGUUUUCUUGUGAGUAUUAAUUAAUCAAUUAAUUAAUUAAUU